CUGGGGGGAAACUCCAUGAUUUUUUUGGCACGGAAUCCAAAGGAAAAAAUAGGGAACUUGGAAACGGGAAUGGUCUAAAAGGCGCACCAGAGAGUCAAAAAAUCCGUACAGAACACAUCCCUGUGCGGCCAAAACGCUUUCGAGGCAGCAGCAGCGAGGUUGCACGAAGGCGAUCGUCUCUUGCUUGUGGACUGUGGGGACCUUCCCGAAUUUAAAGUCAUUUGCGACAAUGCAACGGGCGCAAUAAAAAACCCCUGCGUUAUUGCCCUUUGUUUUUUAAGAGGACUAGUAGACGGAGAUAAGAGAGAGGAGGAGGGAGGAGAAGAAAAGAAAAGCAAGAAAGGGAAACAUCCACGUCUAGCAUAUAACAAUCGCAAAAGUGUCAAAUAACCCGUCGGCUAUCUCUGUCUGCAUCGCAGGGAAGAAGCAGGAAACUUCGUAAACAGAGCUUUGUGACACCGAGGCGGGGGGUGGCGAUCGCGGACGGCGGUACCGGUUUCAGGUCUGAGGGGGGCGCCGUCGGCUUGUCCUGGGUCCUGGCCUGCCCCGGGGUCCCGCUGAGUCUCGUCCGUCGGAAACCAUGUGCUUUGAAGGGUGGAUUCCAUGGACGGCUCCAGUCGAGGUUUUGUGAAGAUGAAAAGGUUCUGGAAGCCUGAGGAGAGAAAAUGACAGGUGGCAGUGAGUGUGAUGCCAGGGAUGACGUGCCUACUUUGGCGGUGCAGGUUCCUGUCGGCUGGCAGCGGAAAGUGGAGGGGGGGUCGGUGACCUAUAUCAGCCCCAGCGGCACGGUCCUGUCUUCACUGGAGGAAGUGAAACUGUAUUUGCUGACAGACAGCACCUGUAAGUGCGGGCUGGAGUGUCCGCUCGUCUUGCACAAGGUGUUUAACUUCGACCCAGCGGCAGUGGUCCGGCAGCGCUGCCAGCAGCCCGGGAAGGCCGAGGAGGACAUGACCAAGCUGUGCAACCACCGGCGGAAAGUGGUCGCUAUGGCGGCGCUCUGCCGCAGCAUGCAGGCCCCCCCGAUGCUCCCCUCCACCUGCGGCGCAGGUAUGGCUGGCCCCCACGCCUCGCUUGUGCAUGGUAUGGAUCGGUGCCUGCUGUCAGGGGGUAGUUCUGGCACCAUGGACGUCAGGGACCCAAGAGCAGGGUCCUCAGGGGGCUUUGAAGAUGGGAGCCACUGCACUUACUCCCCUCGACCUUGCCUGUCCACUCAGCGCAAGUCCAGUGAUGGUGCCGGUCCUGGUCCACCAGGGAACAACUCCAGCUCGACCCAGCUCCCCUCUGCCCUUUUCCCUUACAACGGCUCCUUAGUCCUCCCUCAGUCAGGCUCUCGAGUGCAACUUUCCCCCGAGCUGGUGUCACUUUCCCGGAAACUGACUCCCGUGUCACCUGGGUGUCCCCCAUUCCCAGGAUACGGGGCCCCUCCGAAGUACCCCCACCCUUCCCAGAAUGCAGUGCGUGCCCUGGAUGCCCCUGGUUCCUGCAGUCCUGGCGCUCACGCCAGCGUUCAUCCCCUGGAUGCGUCUCGGUCUUCCCCCUCCCCUGCAAUGAGGACCAGUCAGGGCGGCCCCUCAGGUUGCCCCUCUCCUUCUGGGAGCCUGGACCGUUCAUCUCCUCAGCAGCGGUCCCGCCACUCCUCGACCUCAUCCUCCUCUCUGUCCGAGGGUGGAGCCUCUGGGAUGGCGGCGACCACUUAUCUGCCCGGGAGCAAGCUGCCCUUAACUCCGCUUGGGGGGUCUCCCAAAGCCUUCCCCCCCAUCAGUCCCAAAAGCCGGCUCGAGGGCAGGCUGCAGCAGAUUAAGGACUGUGGGAAAGGCGGUGCCCCCCCAGUUGCCCAGACCCCCCCCACGCAAACCAACCAAAGCAACUUUCAGACUCCUUCGCCUCUCACGACACCCCAGUUUGCCUCUGACAGGAAGGGUGGGCCGCCAGCUGCCAGUGCCGGCAUGGUGGGGCUCCUCGGCCUCCCACUGGGUCAACUCCUCAACCAACAGAAGCACCAGCAGCAUUCCACCUCCUUCCCGGCCAGCAGCCUCCUGUCCGCUGCGGCCAAGGCUCAGAUGGCCAGCCAGAGGAGUCUGAGCCAGACCUCAGCCAGCACUGCCAGCCUUGGUGGCCCCGCCCCUUCCACAGGUGCUGGCUUGGAGUCUCAGCCGCCCAAGGCACCGGUCAGCACUUUACACGGCUCUGUCCGCCCCGCUGUCCAGCCCCCCGCAGCCGCUCUCCUUGUGCCCCACCCCUCUGUGUCCCGUGCGCCUCGUGCGCUCUCCAUCGCUCUCCUGGACAAGGCGACAAGACGGAGACGUCAAAGGCGCUCACCCACGGUGCUCAGCAUGCUCAAGGAGUCUCAGCUGAGGAGCCUGAGGGCGCCGGGGGACUCUGCCGCACUCCUUGCCUCAUCCCCGCCUUCCCCUGCUCCGGUUCUGCUCCCCUCCCACCCAGAUGCUCGCCACCUCCUGCAGUCCCCCCGCUCCUUAGCCAACUCGCACAUCCUGCCCAAGCAGCCAGACUUGCCGGAAGACAGAAAAGUGGGUGCCCCGCCCUCCCAGCCCCCAGCCCAGCCUCUCUCGGCCCUCCUACACCUGCUGAGCAUCCAGAACUCCCAAAUGGUUCCCAGCCUGGGCCUGACUGUUCCGGUCCCCAAGCAAGAGCACAGCCUCUCCUCUUCCCCCAGCACCGCCCUUGUCCAUCCAGUACAAUACCAGGGUCCUGUUGUACCCCAAAUGCAAGCUGCUCACCAGCAAACCCAAAGUCUUGCACCUUCAGCGGAGGAAGCAGCCCCAUCGUCCUCCUCCCAGCAACCCUUCCCCCUGGUCACCGUAGCUCAAGAGAUGGACGGUGGCCUCCGGACCGGCCCAAACCCUGCGCUCGCUUUCAACCCACCGAGUGCCGCCACUUUACCUCUGUCUCAAGAUUUUGGUGCCCAUGUUCUCAGCAUGCUGGGCCAGCUGCCCCCUUCUUCAGUGCUGCCGUCUGUGACCUUGGAGGAGAAGAACUCCGGGCUGAAAGAGGGGGAAAGUGGUUCUAUCGAAACCAAUGGCACGUCCACCCAGAGCCAGGCGGACUGCACUGGAGCCUCCCUCGUCCCGCUGGAGUCUCAGGAAGCCCCGAACGCUCGGCUGCCGCCUGCCUGUAGCCCCGGUCCGGGUCCCGUGGGGACGCCGACUCCCCCCGGCGCGGCAGGGGACCCCACCGGCCCCCUGCAACUGGCCGACACCUUCCCCUUCAUGAAUCAGGACCAGCUCCUGCAGCUCCUCUCCGCUAACACCGGGCUGCCCUCCCUGCUGGGCCCGCCUUUCCUGAGCACCCCACCCAUCGGCCUGUGGAUGGGCGCCCAGCAACCCCCCACCCCGUCCCAGCAGCAGCCCGGCCAGCUCGGCCCCGCCUCCCAGCUCAACCUUCUGCCUUCCAUACCGGGCGCUCAGGGAGACUUGCCCGUGAACCUCCUGAGUCUUUUGAACCCGCCCCCCUCUCCGGCCGCCUCGCCCUCCCCAGGCCAGACGGGGGACAUGGGUGAGAAGCCAGGGCUGCAGGCUCUGCUCAUGGCCUCAUUGUUGCUCAGUCAGCAGCAGGUGGCGGCCAUGUUGCCCCUGGCUGGUCUGGGCCAGCUCAACCUGGAUUUCCUCCUCCAGCAGCAGCAGCAACAGCAGCCGUUCCCUCCGCUCCAGGACAACCUAACCCUAGAAAAAACUCCAGCCCUCCUGGACGCCCUGCUCUCUGGGCCAGGGCUCCAGGAAGCCCUGCAGGGCGCAUCCCCCCCACCAGAGGGCGCUCUCCAGGCCCUCCAGUCGCUACUUGUCCCCGCCCUCCUCCCGCCGUCAGCCUUGCUCUCCUUGAACCCUGCCCUGCUGGCUGCUGCCCUGGGUCCCACCGAUCCCCCGCCGGCCCCCCAGAACUCAUCCCCAAGUCCCCAGCAGCCUCAUUCUCAGGUACACCUCUCCAGUCCGUCUGUGGGCUCCUCUAUGGCGGCCUGCUCAGCACUGACACCCGGAGCCGCUCCGGACGGCGUGGAUGCCGCCGCCCCCGCGUCGGGCCACGGGAAGAACGGCUCCUCACCCCCGCAGCUCCUUCCCCCCCUACUGCCCCCCGGAGUCCUCGGUGACCUGGCAGCACUGGGAAGCCUAAACAGCCUGCUGGGCCCCGGGCCCCUGCUGCUGUCCCCUAUGCAAACACCUGCACUUGGGCUGCCCCUCCUCCAGGGGGCAGCACCUGGGCUCAGCCCACUGGCCUGCCUCCUCAACAACCUCCAGCUUAAUUUGGGUCCUGCCCUUACUGUGGGAGGGGAAAAGCCAAUCAGCAUGCAGGACACAAUUAGCCCCACCCCUCAAGAAGAAGUCCCAGCCAAUCAGUUGGAGCCUGUGCCUAGCCCCAGCCUCUCCCUGGAAUCUUCGCAGCAGAGGGAGACACCAGCAGGGGGUCUGCUGGACCCCUACAGCUCCUUCAUGGACACCAUCUACACGUCUUUCCUCCAGGUCAGCAGCAAGUGUCCCGAAGGGCUUCCUUGCCAGACUGAGGAAGGCACCCAUAGUCCGCCUUCGUACCCAGGGGACCCCCUGGGCGCUCUCCCGCAGCCAAGCUCACCCCCGUCCCUGAGUCCCCGACGAGCCUGCUCUCUGCGCAACCCUGACCUGUCCAGGCUCAGCAUGGAGGUCGCCCAGUCUCCUGCUCGUGGUACGCCCAAACUGAGCGAGGACAGCACCUCCUCGCCCCCCCCGAGCAAGCAGGGUGUCGCCGAGGGUCUCGGCGAGCCUCCCCUGCCUCCCGCCUUCCCCGAAGAGGCCAAGACGGACUGCUCCUCCGUCUGCCUGUACAGCAACGGGCUGCCCUCGGGCCCCGGAGACGAUGCACAGGCGGAUUUGCAGCCACAGCCUCUGGGGUACCUGGGACCCCGGGAGGGAGCGGGAGGAGCGGGGCAGGACGGUGUGGCACACGGGGAUUCGGUGCGUGAAAGGGGGCCAGCAGUGCAGAUAACAGGCGCCCGGAGAGGUCGGAAAAGGAAGCAGACGCUGCAAAGGAUUCUGGGAAAUCCGAGGGACUUGGACAGUGGAAUCGCAGAAGAACAGAGGGCAACGACGCUGCAGCCGAAACCAGAGAGGGCUGUGAAGAGCAAGAGGAGGAGGGUUUUCAGGUAGCGGCGGUGGGACCGAUCCAGGGCAGUCCGGCACCACCACGCGGCCGCUGGCAUCUGCUCCCGGCGUUCCCACAAGCUUGCCUGCCCCACAGCGCCACCGGCUGGUCCUCGAGCAAACAAGGGUCACAUUGCAGUGGGAGGGAUGGUGUGUGAGUGAACACAAGGUGGUGUGGUUGGAGUGGGAAGGGAGAAAAAUAGCAAUUUGCCCCUAACCCUUCAACUCUGUGUGUGUUUUUCUAUGUUUAUAUAGCAGUCGCAUAUUAGAGAUGUCUGUGGAAAAGCGUGCUUGCGUGUGUUUGUACGCGUGUGUAACUACAUCAGGGUUCCAGGAGUUGACUUGAAACGCCAGACUACCAGAUUGUUGCUGUGAAGGCGUCAGGCCCCCGGUGCCUUCUGGGCCUGUGCUGCCAUUGGUCGCUUCCAUCACACACAAAAGGGAUUGGCUGCUACACUCCCUCACACAGCAAAACCUUUUUUUUUUUUUUUUUUAAUUCUAAGUCUGUGAUCAGACCCUUUGCUGGGCAAUUAGGAAGACAGGCACUAACUAUGACGACCUGCCCACGGGCCGUAGGCGGCCUCCGUUUCCCACGUAGGAAUAAACACUGACUCGUAGCUGUAGUGGGUCUUCAAGCUGGUCACCGGUCCCUUAUCCAUACGGGCACCAGUUACUUAUUGUAUUUAAAUAAUGAAAAGUUAUAAUUAAGCAGAUUAUGCAAUUUUUACCAUUGGAUUUUUGUACAUAUGUACAGCUUUAGUAUUUUAUUUUGUACUUUUUAGAACAUUCUCCCCUCCCCCCCUUUCAUAUUCUCCUUUGCUUUCAUUUUGUACAGAGUCAAAAAAAAAAAAAAAAAAAAAAAAAAUCGGUAGUUUUUUUUUUUUUUUUAAUGGGACUUAAUUUUUUUAUUUAACAGAUUAAAAUGUUUACCAAAAGA